AUGAACACGGUCGUGCAAUCCUCUUUGUCGGAGGUCGAGUCCAAGCUCAAUGCGCUUUUAAGCACCCUCACUACCUCCCCCACGGCAGCAGGCGCGCCAGCUGCUGCAAUCGCCUUACUCGAAGCCGAUGACUCCUUAUCCUCCGCCAUCGUCACCCUCCGCCAGCACCAAGAAAACUACGCCAAGAUUUUACAACUUCGCGCGGAGGCAGAAAGGUUAGAAGAUCGCGUGAAGGGAAUUGUAAGGGACGUGGAGGAAUUCGACAGGGAGAUCCGAACCGCCUGCGGAGACGAAGGAGACAGUGAUAGCGAACUCGAUUCUGAUGAUGAGACCACCAACAAACCACCCCGCAAGGAAAUUGACUACAGGCUUCUCCUCGACUUUGCCCGCCGAAUCAGCAAAUAUAACCACGAAGCCGCCGCCGAUGCUGCGAACGGAGCUGCAAACUCUGAAAAGGGGCAAGCGUCGCGCCCACAGAUAAUGGACAAAGAUGUGACGAUGGCGGGCACCAAUGGAGAGCCGACCGCAGACGGCGCAGAGCCAGUAUCGUCGGUAACAAAGAACGCGACGCAGUGGCUGGACGACUCGGCGAAUGUCACGCGCGAAGUGUACAUGUUGCCAUACCCGAUGGAGGAACGGAUACGAAUGGGGUUGAUGGCUCAGGUCCAGCUUGCCGCGGGCGAUGACCCGGAUAAAGAGGUGGAACGAUUAAUACGUGAAGCGGAGGGUCUGGGAGCCGCGGAACCUCCAGCACCAGCACCACAUGUGGAUACCAGACAAGAGGAGGCCGCCAACGCGGCUGUACAAGCUGGAUCAGCGGCUACUGGAGCACCACGACCUGCACCGUCAGGCUUUGCACCAGCACCCAAGCCAAAACCAAGCGCGACUCUUGAUCUUGAUCUCUACGACCCUGAUGAUGACGAUAUGUAA